GCAUGUCUUGGAGGUUGUGGUGGCCCAUGUGUCCCUGUGCCUGGGGUGCCCCAUAGCCCCCUGGGGGGCUGGAGCUUGGCAUGGGGCAGGGGACCCUCCUGCUGGCCUGGGCCACCAGUACAGGGGGGCUGCCCCACUCCUGCCUGCCCCACGUGUCCCCGUUUGCUCCUGCACACCCCCCUUGCCCCACAUCUCCCCCUUUCUCCUGCACCCCCUCCCUGCCCCACAUCUUCCAUUGCUGCAGGGCCGUGUGCAUCUUCUCUGUCCCUAUAUUGUCCGAUGCUAUAUAUUCCUUAUAUCGUUUAUUUUUGUAUUGCCCCUCCUUCUAUUGUCCAUCUUUAUGAAUGAGGUGGCAGCUGAAAGUGGACGAGGCUGCUCUCCUUCCCCGCGAGAGCCCCUGCUCCUGGCCCAAGCCUCUGAGAUGCUCCUGGAGGGUUGCCGUGCUGGUGCCCGCACCUGAUCUGCUGGUUUUAGCCCCCUUGGUGGGGCCAGACCUGAGGCUGCUCCUCACCAAGGCGAUGGGCCAUUUGAAGCUUGUCCAUUUUCUUGUCUGUUGGCUGUGGAGUCUGCAUCGCUUACAAGCAGACGCACUGACUCAGCAAAGUUACAAGCCUACAACCAAGCCCUGCAGCUCCCCCAGCCCUCCCCGUCCACAUUCUGAUGUCCUCUUGCGCGGUGGACCCAUGGGACGUCACCCACAGCAGCUGAGGCCAGAGGAUGCUUGCUGGUCACCAAGGAUCAAGCUGAAAGCAGAAGAUUCAGUUCCCCUUUAUCCACUGGACUCCACGUGAUGCAAGUGCCACCAGGGAGCUGGGGGACAGAGCGACACGUAAAGUGUCCUCUCCCAGCUGCCUUCAUCAGGUCUUCGGUGUAUUUCUUCUCCAGCUGGUGAUGGUGGACCUGAUCUCCGCCUCUGCCAAGCCUACCUCUUCCCGCACCCCUGACACGCUGGGAGCAGCUUCUCCAAAAGUCCGUUGCUGUCAGCUGGGCACCCUAUGGGCGACAGACUAUCUACCCAUGCCAGGCUUGGGGCUGCAGAGGUCCUCCUUGUCCUAGCAGGGCUGUGUGCGUCAGGUCCUGCCAGCGUCAGGCUGGUGAACGGCCCCGACUCCUGCACGGGACGGCUGGAGGUGUUCUACAAUGGCACCUGGGGGACCGUGUGCGAUGACCACUGGGACCUCAAUGGAGCCCGUGUGGUCUGCCGGCAGCUGGGCUGCGGGACGGCGCUAUCGGCCAUUGGCGGGGCUCGCUACGGGCGAGGAGCAGACCCCAUCUGGCUGGACAACGUACGCUGCGCCGGGACGGAGGCCGCCCUUUCCGAGUGCCAGGCACGGCCCUGGGGAGCCCACAACUGUGGGCACGGGGAAGACGCCAGCGUUGUGUGCUCGGGGGCACCCGCUCCAGGUGCGACCCGUACCAGGCUGGUGAACGGCUCAAGUUUCUGCUCCGGCAGAGUUGAAGUCUUCCACAAUGGCAAAUGGGGCACCGUGUGUGACGACAGCUGGAGCCUGAUGGACGCCGAAGUGGUGUGCAGGGAGGUGGGCUGCGGCCAAGCACAGUCAGCUCUGUUCCAGGCUGCCUUCGGGCAGGGGUCAGGGCCCAUCUGGCUGGAUGAAGUGACCUGUGCUGGGACGGAGGCCACCCUUUCUCUGUGCUCGGCCAGGUCCUGGGGAACCCACAACUGCCACCACGGAGAGGAUGCUGGUGUUGAAUGCGCAGAACCAACUCAGGUCCGGCUGGUGAAUGGCUCCAGUCGCUGCUCGGGGCGAGUCGAGGUCCACCACAACCAGCAGUGGGGGACAGUGUGCGAUGACAGCUGGGACCUGAGUGAUGCCGAGGUGGUCUGCCGUCAGCUGGGCUGUGGGCUGGCCGUGUCAGCCCCUGGCAGGGCACUGUUUGGGCAAGGACACGGUCCCAUCUGGCUGGAUGAAAUGAACUGCACAGGGACAGAAGGUGCCAUCACUGAAUGCAGCUUCAGGCCCUGGGGAGCCCAUAACUGCAUCCAUGGUGAAGAUGCAGGUGUUGUGUGCUCAGACCCCACGGAGCUACGGCUGGUGAAUGGCCCAAAUCACUGUGCUGGGCGCCUUGAGGUGCUUCGUGACCAACAGUGGGGGUCUGUGUGUGACAACGAUUGGGACAUGGAGGACGCCAAAGUUGUGUGCCGGCAGCUGGGCUGCGGCGCUCCAAUCUCUGCUCCAGGCUGGUCUAGAUUUGGCAGGGGCUAUGACCCCAUCUGGCUGGAGACCGUCAGCUGCCAGGGGACGGAGGCUGUCCUUUCUGAGUGCAGAGCCCAGAUGUGGGGCACCCACAGCUGCCACCACGGGGAGGACGCCAGUGUGGUGUGCUCAGACCCCAUGGCGAUUCGGUUGGUGGAUGGCCCACGCCGCUGUGCCGGGAGGGUUGAGGUGCUUCAUCAGCAGCAGUGGGGAACGGUGUGUGACGAUGGCUGGGACCUGCACGAUGCCGAGGUGGUGUGCUGGCAGCUGGGCUGCGGGGCAGCUGUUGCAGCCCUGGGCUCGGCUCACUUUGGCCGGGGACGUGAUCCCAUCUGGCUGGCUGAGGUGAACUGCGCGGGGACUGAGUCUGCCCUCUCUGAAUGUGGGUCCAAGCCAAAAGAAGUCAAUAGGUGCCACCACGGAGAAGAUGCUGGUGUGGUGUGCUCAGACCCUAUUGAGGUACGGCUGGUGAACGGCUCAAGUCGCUGCUCUGGGAGAGUUGAGGUGCUGCACAACCACCGAUGGGGAAGUGUGUGUGAUGACGGCUGGGACCUGGAUGAUGCACAAGUGGUGUGCCAGCAGCUGGGCUGCGGGAUGGCUGUAGCUGCUCCGCCCAGAGCUCAGUUUGGGAUGGGGUACGAGCCCAUCUGGCUGGACGAUGUGAACUGCACCGGCGCUGAAGCUGCCCUCUCCCAGUGCAGGGCCAGGCCGUGGGGAGACAGUAACUGUGACCACCGAGAAGAUGCCAGCGUGGUGUGCCUGGGACCAGCUCAGCUCCGGCUGGUGAAUGGCUCCAGCCGCUGCUCCGGGAGGGUUGAGGUGCUUCAUAACGAGCUGUGGGGGACGGUGUGUGGCAACGGCUGGGACCUGAGUGAUGCCGAGGUGGUCUGCCGGCAGCUGGGCUGCGGGGCAGCCCUGUCAGCUCCAGUCUCAGCUCAGUUUGGGCCAGGGUCCAACCAUAUCUGGCUGGGUGAUGUUGAGUGCACGGGGGCAGAAGCUUCCCUCUCCGAAUGCAGGUCCAGGAUGGGGGAACCCAUUAAUUGCCACCAUGGGGAAGAUGCUGGUGUUGUGUGCUCAGACCCCACAGUGCUGCGGCUGGUGAACGGCUCAAGCCUCUGUGCUGGGAGAGUUGAAGUGCUCUACAGGCAUCACUGGGGAACCGUGUGCGAUGACAGCUGGGAUGAAGAGGACGCCGCGGUUGUGUGCCGGCAGCUGGGCUGCGGGACGGUGAUCUCAGCCCCUGGCGCGGCUCAGUUUGGGCAAGGGCGCGAUGCCAUCUGGCUGGACGACGUGAACUGCACGGGGAGGGAGGACACCCUCUCAGAGUGCCUGGCCAGGCCAUGGGGGACGCACAACUGCAACCACGGGGAAGACGCUGGUGUUGUGUGCUCAGGCUCCAUUACCAUCAGACCUCCACAGCCUCUGCCGCUGCUCCCAUUGCUGGUCUCAGUCAUCCCUCCAGUCUCGAUGCUGCUCUGUGGGGCCCUUCUGUACCUCAGGAGGAGGCGAAUGCAAAGCAGGACUUUUAAUUUCCCCCCAGGUUUUGUGCGCAUGGAGGAGCUGGUUGUCUCUGACGUAUCCCUCUCUACACCUGGAGAAGAGCAAGCAGCAGCCAAGGUGGCUCCUGCUGGGAAUGCUGACAAGAAGACCUCAGCACAGCCUGUGACCAGUCCAGGCCUAAAAUUCCAAGCUAGGUCACUAGAUCCACCACCCAUCUCCAUCUCCACCUCAUACAGUUACCCCAAGUGGUACAAGAGGGCAAAAUCUCGGGGAGAGCAGGGAGGAGGGGUCAGUGCAGGAGGAGGGAUGAAUGCCGGGCAAACACGGGGCACGUCGCUGCAGAGGAGGGGACAAACCUGCUCUCGCCACCCACCGCACCCAGCUCAGCUUGCAGCUCACACUGGGACAGUUGCCUGUCCUAAGGCACAUGCGACGGGCAUGGGGCUUUGGGGAUGUUGCCUCCUGUCCCUGCACAGCAACCUGGCUGGCUUCGCUGGAGCAGGGCUCCUCAUCUACCUGGCAUGCCUCUGUGAUACGGUUGCUUCCCAGCGGGCUCCCCUCCGCUUGUCAGACGGCCCGCACCGCUGCGCCGGCAGGGUUGAGGUCUUCUACGAGAACCAGUGGGGCACGGUGUGCGAUGACCACUGGGACCUGGAGAACGCCGGUGUGGUGUGCCGGCAGCUGGGCUGCGGCGCGGCACUGUUAGCCCCCGGGGCUGGGCAUUUCAGGGCAGGGUCGGGUCCCAUUUGGCUGGAUGACGUCAACUGCAUGGGGACGGAGGUCGCCCUGUCUUACUGCAGGUCGAAGGGCUGGGGAAACAACAACUGCCACCACGGUGAAGAUGCUGGUGUGGUGUGCUCAGACUCAUCCAGCCCUGCUAUGGACACCCCAGCUGGUCCUGCAGAGGUCCGCCUGGUGAACGGCCUGAACCGCUGCUCUGGAAGAGUAGAGGUGAUGUACGACCACCAGUGGGGAACUGUGUGUGAUGAUGACUGGAGCUUCCCCGAUGCCAGUGUGGUAUGCCGGCAGCUGGGCUGCGGGACGGCAGUCUCAGCCUACAGCGGAGCUCAUUUUGGCCGGGGAUCAGGCCCCAUUUGGCUGGACAACGUUCAGUGCAGUGGGACUGAAGCUACCCUGUCCGAAUGCCAGGCCAGACCUUGGGGUGUCAGCAACUGCGACCACGGGGAAGACGCCAGCGUCGUGUGCACAGGCACAGACACCAACACACCAGGUCGUCUGCGCCUGGAGAAUGGCCCUGGCCGCUGCGCGGGGCGCGUGGAAGUUCUCUACAACUAUCAGUGGGGGACGGUGUGUGACAACGGCUGGAGCAUGGCCAAUGCAGCGGUGGUCUGCCGGCAGCUGGGCUGCGGGACGGCUGUCUCAGCCCCCAGCUCGGCUCACUUUGGGCAAGGUUCCGGUCGCAUCUGGCUGGAUAGCGUGAACUGCACGGGAACAGAAGUCACCCUCUCUGAAUGCCAGGCCAGGCCAUGGGGAUCCAACAGCUGUGACCACCGGGAAGAUGCUGGCGUGGUGUGCUCAGGAGAUCCACAUGCGGACACUUCCGGGCAGCGCCUGCUGCGGCUGGUGAACGGCUCGAACAGCUGCCUGGGGAGGGUUGAGGUCUUUCACGACCAGAAGUGGGGGACCGUGUGCGACGACAGCUGGGACCUCCAGGACGCUGCUGUCGUGUGCAGGCAGCUGGGCUGUGGGACAGUGCUGUCAGCACCGGGCUCGGCUCAUUUUGGACAAGGGUCAGAUCCCAUCUGGCUGGAUGACGUUCGCUGCAGGGGGACCGAGUCCACUUUCACCGAGUGUGAGCUGAACAGCUGGGGAGAGCACAACUGUGGCCACAGCGAGGAUGCUGGCGUGGUGUGCUCAGCAUUACGAGACAUCACUGCCCUGGGCACCCUCCAGUUGUUCAACGGCCCCAACCGCUGCGCCGGGAGGGUGGAGGUGCUCCACAACCACAUGUGGGGGACAGUCUGCGAUGACGGCUGGGACCUGAUGGAUGCAGCAGUGGUGUGCCGGCAGCUGGGCUGUGGCACAGCGCUGUCGGCCACCAGCGGCGCUCGCUUUGGGAGGGGCCACGAUCCCAUCUGGUUGGACGAGGUGGACUGCACUGGCACUGAGGACACCCUCUUCAACUGCCGGGCCAGCAAGUGGGGGGACAACAACUGCUUCCACGGGGAGGAUGCUGGAGUGAUAUGUUCAGCUUCAGGGAUGUCUGUGGCUGCUGAGCUCCGCCUGGCCAAUGGUUCGACACGCUGUGAAGGCAGGGUGGAGGUCACGCACAACGGCACCUGGGCAGCCCUGUGUGACGAGGGCUGGGGUCUGGCCGAGGCUCGAGUGGUGUGCAGGCAGCUGGGCUGCGGGAGAGCUCUGUCAGCACCCGGUGGGUCGCAUUUUGGGCAAGGACCUGGGCAAAUGUGGCCUGACAGCGUGAGCUGCGUGGGCACGGAGACUGCCUUCUCUGCGUGCAAGGCAAAGCCCCGGGGACACGGCACUUGUCACCGUGGGAGAGAAGCCGGCGUGGUGUGUGCAGGUAACUCAGAGGGUGACCAGGUCCGUCUGGUGAACUAUGGCAGCCGCUGUGCUGGCAGGGUCGAGGUCUUCCAUAGCAAGCAGUGGGGGACCGUGUGCGAUGACAACUGGGACCUGCUGGAUGCCGAGGUCGUCUGCCGGCAGCUGGACUGUGGGCGAGCACUGUCAGCCCCCGGCGGGGGUCAGUUCGGGCGUGGGGUCGGCAUCAUCUGGAUGGAUGAGACGAACUGCACGGGGAUGGAGAGCACACUGUCCUCCUGCCGGGGCCGGCCAUGGGGCAUCAAUAAUUGCUACCAUGGGGAAGACGCUGGCGUGGUUUGCUCAGACUCAAUCAUCCCCGAACCAGCUCAUCUCCGUCUGGCAAAUGGCUCACACCGCUGCGCUGGCAGAGUCGAGGUGCUUCACCAGGAGGAGUGGGGAGUCGUCUGUGACCGUGGCUGGGAUAAGAAGGAUGCUGAGGUCGUGUGCCAGCAGCUGGGCUGUGGGACGGUGUUGCCAGCACUGGAGGAGGUGGACUUCGGCACCGGACCCCUGCGCGUCUGGCUGGACAACGUGAACUGCCAGGGGACAGAGUCAACCCUUACAAAAUGCCAGGCGAGCCCGUGGGGAGAGAGCAGCUGCAGCCAUGGAAAGCAUGCCAGCGUGGUGUGCUCAGGCUCGGCUGUUUCCAGCUUUGCCCCGGUCCGGCUGGUGGAUGGCCCAGGUCCCUGCGCCGGGAGGGUUGAGGUGUUUCACAGUGGGAGAUGGGGGACAGUGUGUGAUGACAGCUGGGACUUCAUGGAUGCCAAAGUGGUGUGCCAGCAACUGGACUGUGGGGUGGUGAUAUCGGCUCCACGGCGGGCUUACUUUGGGGAGGGACAGGGACCCAUCUGGCUGGACAAUGUGCACUGCACGGGGACAGAGGCUGCCCUCUCCGAAUGCAGAGCCAACACCUGGGGCGUCCAUGGAUGUGAGCACGGAGAAGAUGCCGGCGUGGUGUGCUCAGAAUCGGGCAUUGCCGACCUUGGAAGCCUCCGCUUGGUCAACGGCUCAGACUCGUGCUCUGGGAGAGUUGAAGUGUUUCAUGAUCAGCGCUGGGGAGGCAUCUGCACCGAUGGCUGGGACCUGGCUGAAGCCCACGUGGUGUGUCGGCAGCUGGGCUGUGGAGCGGCGCACUCGGCCACAGGGUCUACCCAGUUUGGGACAGGAGAUGGCCUGAUCUGGGUGGAUGCUGUGGAGUGCACCGGGACAGAGGGGGCCCUCUUCGAAUGCAAGGUCAAGUUCUGGGGCACCAAAAGCUGCAAGUCGAAGGGGCACGCAGGUGUCUCAUGCUCUGCAGCCGCAGACUUGAACCUAGGGAGCUCAGAAGCCUUGCGGUUGGUGAACAGCCCGCACCGCUGUGCUGGGAGGGUGGAGGUCUUCCACAACCAGCAGUGGGGGACCAUCUGUGACAACGGCUGGGACCUGAAGGAUGCAGCUGUAGUGUGCCGGCAGCUGGGCUGUGGGACGGCCGUGUCAGCCCCAGGUUCAUCCGGUUUUGGGCAAGGAUCUGGUCCCAUCUGGCUAGAUGGGGUGGGUUGCCUCGGGACAGAAGCCACCCUUGCUGAAUGCCCAGUCAAGCCUUGGGGACACCAUGCAUGUAAUCACAUGGAAGACGCCAGCGUUGUGUGCUCAGGCUCGGGGAUUGCCAGCAGCCACAGGCUUCGCCUGGUGGGUGGUUUGAGCGAGUGCGCCGGCAGAGUCGAGGUGUUUUAUAACAAUGAGUGGGGGACAAUCUGUGAUGACGGGUGGGACCCUAAGGAUGCAGCGGUGGUCUGCUGGCAGCUGGGCUGUGGAGUGGCCCUCUCGGCCCCCGGCUUGGCUCAGUUUGGGUGGGGAGCCAGCCCCAUCUGGCUGGAUGAUAUGAGCUGUACAGGGGAGGAAACCGAUUUCUUUGAGUGCCAAGCCAAGACGUGGGGCAUCCACAACUGCCACCAUGGGGAGGAUGCCGGCGUGGUGCAUGCAGAAGGGAGCAACUCCAGCUCAGCGAACCUGCGGCUGGUGAAUGGGCCACACCGCUGUGCCGGGAGGGUGGAGGUGCUCCACGAUGGGCAGUGGGGGACAGUCUGCGACGAUGGCUGGGACCUGAAUGACGCAGCGGUGGUGUGCAGGCAGCUGGGCUGCGGCAGGGCCACGGCAGCCUCUGGUCGGGCUCUCUUCGGGCAGGGGACAGGGCGCAUCUGGCUGGAUGAUGUGGGCUGUGCCGGUAACGAGGAUGCCCUCACCCAGUGCCGAGCUCAUCCCUGGGGACAGAGUAACUGCAACCAUAGAGAAGACGCCAGCGUCGUGUGCUCAGACACCGGUGAAACCAACUCAUCCACUGUCCGGCUCGUGGAUGGCCCGCAUCGCUGCGCCGGGAGGGUGGAGGUGCUCCACAACCACAUGUGGGGGACGGUCUGCGAUGACGGCUGGGACCUGGUGGACGCAGUGGUGGUGUGCCGGCAGCUGGGCUGCGGCGAGGCCGUCGCGGCCCCAGCAGGGGCUUCCUUCGGCAGGGGACUGGAUCCCAUCUGGCUGGACAGGGUCGCCUGCACUGGUGGGGAGAAGGCCCUUGAGGAGUGUAAGACCAGGCCCUGGGGAAUCAACGGCUGCAGCCAUGAAGAGGAUGCUGGCGUGGUCUGUUCAGACCUGGCCCGGGCAGAGAUCCGCCUGGUGGAAGGCCUGAACCGCUGCGCUGGGAGGGUGGAGGUGCUCCAUGAUGGGCAGUGGGGGACAGUCUGUGACGACGGCUGGGACCUCAGAGAGGCGAUGGUGGUGUGCAGGCAGCUGGGCUGUGGCAGGGCCACGGUAGCCCCUGGCCGGGCUCGCUUUGGGCAGGGGAUAGGACGCAUCUGGCUGGAUGAUGUGGUCUGUGUCGGGACCGAGGACAACCUCGCCCAGUGCCGAGCUCGUCCCUGGGGAGAGAGUAACUGCAACCACGGAGAAGAUGCUGGCGUGGUGUGUUCAGAUGCCAACAUCACAGAGGAGGUACAGGUCCGCCUGGCUGAUGGCCCGAACCGCUGUGCUGGGAGAGUGGAGGUGCUUCACCAAGGGCGGUGGGGGACCAUCUGCGACGACAGCUGGGAUUUGAACGACGCCAAGGUGGUCUGUCGGCAGCUGGGCUGCGGGACAGCUGUGGCGGCCCCGGGCCAAGCUCACUUCGGGCAAGGGUUGGAACCCAUCUGGCUGGAUGAUGCAGAGUGCACCGGCCUGGAGACCACCUUCACCCAGUGCAGCCUUAGCAGCUGGGGAGUCCAUAACUGCAACCACGAGGAAGACACAGGAGUCGUGUGCUCAGGCACAAACCCCUUGCAGGUGCGGGUGCAGGACGGCCCCGGUCCCUGCGCGGGGCGGGUGGAGGUGCUCUACAACGCUACCUGGCACGGGGUGUGCAGCACUGGCUGGAGCUUGCUGGAAGCCGGGGUGGUCUGCAGGCAACUGGGCUGCGGGCCAGCCCAGUCGGUGCCCAUCGGAGCCCAGUUCAGGCGGUGGGAUGGCCUUGCCUUGCUGGAGGGGCUGAGCUGCCGGGGGAGCGAGUCGCUGCUCCUGGAGUGCCAGCAGAAAGGGACAGGACUGGGGCCGUGCAGGCAGGGCUCAGCAGCCGGUGUGGUGUGCACAAAGCCAAAGGGUGCUCCGCCCUCCUGCUCGGGACUGAUCGCGCUGCUGGUCCUGGUGAUGCUGCUGAGCGGGGUCCUGCUGUGGCUCAACCUGCAGAGGAGGUGCAUGGCAGCAGCCCAUGCUGGAGCCCGUCGGCACCCCCAGAGGCCUUCAGCGACGUCCUUCCAGCCCAUGGGGGCCAUCUAUGUCCCCACCAAGGCAGAUGCCCCCGAGGACGCCAACACCGAGACGAUGCAGCUCAUGAAGGAAGACGCUGCCCCAUGAUGCCAGCCCCCGCAAGCUCAUGUCCCAGGGGUCGCACCAGGCUCCUGCUGCCCCCCACCUUUUCCCUAAUCCGCUCUCCUGAAGACUCCAAAGCAGCAGCUGAUGGGCAGAACAUUUCAAAAACAGGUGGUACCAAUGACUUAUAUGAGAAGACUCGAAAUAGCCGGUGCAGAGGGGUCUCCCAGCCUGGUGACGUUUAUUUACCUGGCCUUGGCAGCCUCCGGGCAGCCCCCACAGCUCAGGAGGAGCCCGAUGGACCUGGCAGGUGGUGCAAGGCUGAGCUAAAGGAGCAGAGAAGCAGAAGGAGGGGUGCAAACGAAUUAAAAGGGGACCCCCAACCCUCCUGGCAUGACGGGUGUGAGCGCUGUGGGGGGACACGACAGGAGCUGCUUUUGUGCUUUUCUGCUACAGCUUCCCCCAGACCUUGGAUGGAAUCAAGACCCCCAGUUCUUGACCAUCCCAGGUGCCAGAGCUGCAAAGCGUGUUACCCCACAACCGCAAAUACUCAGCCGUCCUCCCUGGAUGCAUUUUGGGGUGGCCACACAGACCCAUUUCCCUUGCCCCCUGCCCCCAACCUGCGACAAUCCCUUGGGCACCCAAGGGAAUGCCCCUGAUGAGGUUCAUGGGGUACAAGACGUGCUCUUGCCUGGUACUUGUAGUUCUCUGCUGGCACCCCAUGCCUAAAAGCACCCCAGUGCAAAGGGACCCCACUCUCAGCCUCGCCUCAGGGUCCCAUCAGACUCGCCAACUGAGGGCUGUGCCCCCAAAGCACCAGGGAUGAUGGGAGGGGGGGCCAGGACACCCAAAAAGCAGAGGUCCCAGCAGCAGGAGAUGGCCUUUGCCAAGGCAGUCAAUGCCUCCCUUGCCAGAGAUUCAAGUAAACAUUGUGUCCAGUCCUCUCUCCAGCUUCCCCAGGGAUGAAAGACAUCCCAAAACUGGGAAAGGCACAGAACCAGAGGUUUCCCCACAUUUCUCCUUUUUCCUGUGAUGCUUCAGAGGGUCUGGAGAGUACUGUCCCCAAAUUAGGAGCAAAAUCAGAGCCAGGGCAGCUUGGGGUCCACCACAUGUGGAAAUAAACUGAAAGUCCUCCACGCUCCUCACCCCAGGUGAAGCUGUCCCCUAGAUCCUGCCAGAGAAACCCCAGGAGUUCACCAGGUGCUGGAGCAAACAUCUGAACACAGACUGGAAAAGCUGGGCAGUGCCAGCAUGAGAUCAGUCCCCUGGCCAGGGCUGAGAGGGGGCAGGGGGGCCACAGGACAUCCAAGCAGUGCGAAACCUGAAAUAACUUCCUCCAGCAGAGAGGGUGAAAUGGGGAUCAUGAAGGUAAACCUCCCUUUGGCCAAUCUCCCUCCAAGAGAUCCCACAGGGCAUGAUGACGAUCAAAGGCUGGGGCUUGUCCAACCAUGAGAGCCCAGAGAGUCUAGCUACCACCCACCUAGUGCCACCUGAGAUGCCCUCAAUCACCCAGGCGCUCACAGGGAAGCUGGCACAUAGGACAUAGGGACUGUGAGAGAUGCAAGCUCUCCUGGAAGAGGAGCUGAAGGCCUCAGCAGUUGAAUGCAACCCCAGAUCUCCAUCAAUCAUUUGCAGUGCUUGAUUGGGCUGCUCCUACAAAGGCAAAAUACACCUCUGGAGGUGCCUUCGGAUGGGUGAGACACCCACAGAGGCAAAAAUGUGAUGUGGAAGAGACCUGGAGUGACCUAAAUGACCCUACGUAAGCAGCCACCUCCUGCCACCAGCACCAUCAGGUGUCCUCCAAAUCCCAUCCUCAAGUUUUUUCCUUUUUUAUGAGAAUCUUCCCCUCUUCUCAGGACCAUGAGUGAAAGGAGAGGGUGAGUUUGGGUGGGAUAUGGCCUAAGGGGAGCUGCCUCUGCUCUGGGGUUGGGGUGAAGGGGCCCCCACCGCUACAACACACACCACGUAGGUGCUUCACGGCCAAUACGACAUCUUGGGAGUCUCAUCAAGCCUUAAAGGGUGAAGCACCACCACCAGCCCAGGCAGCCUGUUCCCAGGGCUGCAGGCGCAAACCCCAUUCUCUGGAGACACAUGGACACCACAGAUCCCAGGAUGGGAACCUAUUGAGAUGCAUCCACCACCGGCUGGGCUACAGAGGAUAUUCAGAACAAGCUCAACCUUGAAAUCAAAUCACAACCUCAUGAUCUGCAGCCAGGAACAGCAUUUGGAAGAGGCCAGAGCUUCCCCUGUGGUGUCUCAAGGGCUGAAACAGGAGGAAGCUGUGGGACAGGGGAGACCAUCACAACCAGGAAGCCCACAACCAUCUUUGCAGGGGGAUCCACCAGCCCAAAUCCAUCUCACUGGCCCAUCUUGCAACCAACCUCUGCUGGGUACAGGCUCAGUGGUGCCACGUGAGAUCACCUCACACCCAGGAUUUGGUGGGUCUCUCCUUACCAAAUCUGCCAGCAACAUGCACCAGGUGA